AUGGAGAAGCCAUCGAACGACGACGGCAGCAGACAAGGAGAAGGACCAUAUCAGCAAGCUGCCGGACGACAUUCUCGUCCAGAUCCUGUCCUUGUGCCCCUACAGGAAUCUCAUGAGAACGGUGUCGGUUUCAACAAGGUGGGAGCGCCUCCUCUCCCAACUCCUGGACCUGACUUUCUGCCUGUCGUUGCCUGUGGAAUGCUGGUGCUAUCGUUCUGGUACGCCGUCAGGCCGCCGCACAUCCACGGCGCCGGUGUCAACGCCCUUCGGUACCCGACGCUGCUGGGACACGGUGGUGCGCGAGGACUUCCCGCUCGGCACCACCGUGUUCCCGUCACUGCCAGUAUAAGCAUCUCGUCGGACACCUUGCCUCGCCUCAAACACCUUCGCUUCACCAACGUCAGCGUGAGGACAGAUGACACCAAAGCCGCCAUCACCUUGCUCGCCGAUGACCUGAGGACUAUCCGCAUGUCAUGCCGUAGGUACAGCAAGACUGAAUCACCAUCGGAGCCGGUGUUGUUCUUGUGUCACUCGGGCGUCACAGCCGUGUUCACCAAAUACUCGUUGUUCCGCUUACGUGCACCCAAGCUGGCGGUGUUCGAGUGGCGAUGCUGCUAUGCUGACGAGGUGCGCAUUGAGGCCGUGGGCUGCCUCUCCGACGUCGCGAUCGAGGUUGCCGCCGGUACAAUGCCGACGCCGACUCCGAUUGUCACGGAACCCAAGUACAUGACGAUACAACAACGUGACAAACUUAUGACCGACAUCCUUCAAGGGCUAAUGCCUGGGCUGCAGCCGCGCACUUGGAAAGAUGUAUCGAGUAAAAGGGUCGAGCAUCUGUGA